AUGCCUAUGCUCUACGGCGAGGGAGGACGUGCUUUUGAAAGGCUGCAAGAAGAGAUCAUGCGGAAGUCGAGGGACCAGUCGAUCAUCGCCUCGGGCUACCGACUAGCGCGGCCCUCGGAAGAGCAGAUAUAUGAGUCCAUCCCUUACACGACUGUGUAUACGGCGCUCGCGGCCUCCCCAGGGGACUGCCUUGAUUCCUCAGAUGUGAGACAGCGCGCCCCUGAGAGACCCAGCGACGCGUUUGUCAUGGCCAAGCGCGGACUGGGCAUUAAUCUCCCUACCUGUAAAGGUGUGGACGGGUACGAAUACUGUAUUUUGAACUGCGGAAUCUCCACCGGUGCACAUAAGGAGGACUACCGCCUCAUCGCGGUACCCCUGGUAUCAAUCGGGCGUCACGCUGGCGAGGCUGCGGAUACCGAUUAUGCUCGCAUGACGAUGCAGAUCCCCAUACUCGUUCCCAGGUCGACGUGGGAAGAGGUAGCAGGCAGAGCAUUCUACAUCCGACGCGCUCAGCUCAUUGGAAACAAGGCGGGUUCAAGCACAGCCCUUGCGGUCGGCAACAUCAAACUGCCUGACGAGUUCUUUCUCGCCGGGAUCUUCCCCCCUCAGAGCUACCCAUUUAUGGCAUUGGAGCUGGCCUCGACGCAAAGCACAGGUUAUGCUCGCGCCCUGUUGCACAUCGCCCGACGGGACCCGCAGAAACACGGAGUCGUCGUCUUGAUCACGAGCCAAUCGAGGCCAGAUAUCGCCGGGAAGUACCUUGACGCUGCCCAGAAACCAGCUGUGGCUGCGACUCACGUAUCUGCGGACUUCUGCAUUCUUGACUUUGCAGCUCAUCUCAUGCCAGGCCCGGUGUCUUUGGAGAAACAUGUCAUCGAAAUAAUAUCCGUACUGCUCGAUCCAGCGGCAGAGACUGCCUCUGGUGCCGUCAUGAUUGAGCUUUUGAAGCGCAAGAACAAGCCUUUCCUCGAUAUCGACCUUGUCAAGUAUGCGGCGGAUGAAAUGAUGUUGGAUGUCCUGGACGCUUCGUGA